AUGGCCCGCAUAGCACGCUCGUGUGUGCCUUUGGUCGUGGCACAACUACUGUUGAGCUUUACGGCCAACUCCGAGGGAGUCAGCCCUGCGGCGGCCGCCAAAAAGCAAACCCUGGCGCUGUGCGCGCCGGUCCAGGCCCUGGUCAAGAGCAGCUGCUCCACAAAGAUCGGCCCCACCACGGUGGACCAGCUGUGCAGCGCGCUGCUGGCCCCCGCCGUCGUGACCCCCGACAGCCUGGUCCCCUCCAGGGUGAAUUAUGGCUGUGGCCUGGCGACAGCCGCCCAGCUGACCAACGUGUCGAGCGGCCUGGCGGCACUGGAGUCGACCGUCGCCGCCGUCAUGAAUCAGAGCGGCGCAUUCCAGACCGCGCUGUCGCAAGGCAGCCAGCAGGCGGCCGCGCUGCAGGCCAAGGCCGCGGCGCUGGAGGCGACAGUGGCGGCGCUGAACAGCACGGUGCAGCAGCUGACGGCGACACUCAACGAGACGGUCGCGGCUGCGAUCGCGCAGCAGGCCGCGGCGCUGCUCGCUGCAGACCAGGCGGUGGGCAAGCAGCUGGCCUCGCUGGUGGCGGCCAAACAAACCUUCAGUCAGGACAUCGCUGCGCUCAAGGUCGAGGCGCAGCAGUGUCAAUGCAGCCAGGAGCUCUCGGCUCUCAACGCCACCAGCCUUACCCUGGCUGUGGCGGGCGCCGCUAACGCAGCGGCAAUCGCGUCGGUCAACGCCUCCGCGGCAGCGCUCGCGUCCGCAGAGGCGCAGCGCGCCGCCGCCGUCUCGGCGCCCGGCGCCAGCGUCGCCACCCUAAAUUCGACGGUGGCGGCGAUCGACCUGAGCCUCCACGUGAGAAAGACGGACGCGAUCGACGCCGCCACGCUGGGCGGCGUGGCCGCGGCGCUGUACCUGCGAAAGCGCGUGGUGCUCUUUGCCUACCAAACCCUGGUGUCAGGGGGUCUCGGCGGCCGCGCCGGCGCCGACGCCACGUGUCAGGCAGCCACCACUCGGCCGGCGGGGCUGGUCCAGGCGCGCGCGUUUCUGUCCGUGGACGCAUCCGACGCGAUCAAAGACUUUCCCACAAAAUACGGCGUCCCCGUCAACCUGCCGGUCGAGUCGGGCGGCGGCAUCGUCGUCGCCGGCAACUGGACAGAACUGCUUGGCGGCAGCAUCCGGGUCUCGCUGAGCAGCGCGGGGGUGACUAAUACCUAUUGGUAA